UUAUCUACACGAUCGAGUUUAAAAAACAUGGAUUACCGCAUGCUCAUAUAUUGUUGUUCCUUUCGAAAGAGUCGAAGUUUCCCAACCCAUCAGACAUAGACAGAAUUAUAUCUGCAGAGAUACCAAAUGAAUCUUCUGAUCCUCAAUAUAACGAGGCCGUAAAGGAGCAUAUGAUCCAUGGGCUAUGUGGUCUGGCAAAAAAAGACUCGUCGUGUAUGGUCGAUGGAAAAUGCACCAAAAGUUUUCCUAAGAAGUUUGUUGAAUCCACAACAGUUGACGAAGAGGGUUAUCCACGGUACAGGCGUCGUGACAAUGGAUCUUCUCCAGAAAAGAAUAGUAUUGUUGUGCACAACGGUUUUGUCGUGCCUCAUAACCGGCAUCUGCUUAUGAAGUUUGGAGUGCAUAUUAAUGUUGAGUGGUGCAAUCAAUCACGAUCUAUAAAAUACCUAUUCAAAUAUGUCAACAAGGGUAACGAUCGUGUGACUGCAUCCUUUUAUAAAACUUCUGCCGAAUCGGACGUCGAGAGACUGUUGGAUGAGAUAAAAUUGUAUUACGAUUGUCGGUACAUAUCGUCGUGUGAGGCGGCUGUUUGUCCCAUUUUUGUUGCAUUUUUCGUGCUU